CCACCAGGGAUAGCAGUGGGUACGGCGAAGGCGAAAAUAACUGCUUUCCGGCGCUAAAGAGAUGGGAAGUUCGUCUUCCGAUGAUUUCUCCGUCUUUGUUGUCGCCUCCGAUUUGGGCGUCGACGCACGCCCUUUCCUGACCAACUAGGACAGAGAAGCAGAUGAACAGGCGAACUGGCAAGACUGUUCGCAGCACUUCUCCUCCUCUUCAGACGAAGAUUUCUGCGAUCUCGAAUUCCUGCGAUCUCGAAUUCCUGCAGUUCUUCCGCAUAGGGCUCCGAUAAAUCCGGAAACCGCAUCUUCCGCAUCGUGGAAAAGUACUUUCCCGCUCCUGUUGUGAGUGGUGACCGGCUGAAGAAAUAUAUAUUUCAGAAAAUAUGCACUGAGUUGCCUGAAGGGCCAUCCUGCAUUGUUUAUAUGCAUGGCACAGCGCAAAAGGAGGAUGACUCCCCUGGUCUUACUAUCUUGAGGUGGAUUUAUGAAGAGCUUCCCUUGGAUAUCAAGGAUAGGCUGCAAGUCGUGUACUUCAUACACCCUGGGCUGUGGUCAAGACUUGUUUUUGCCACUUUUGGCCUAUUUUUCUAAAGUGGCAGGUGUGUUUUAAUUUCACUUCCGCAUAACAGAUAGUAUUCUCCUUUUCCGCUAUUUAACAGUAAAGCAUAUUUAGGAAUAUGGACCAAAUAUUUUAAAGUUUUAUGCGCAAAAUUUUCAUAGUCAAAUAAAAUAUAAGAUUGAUGAAUGCUGAGACUCUUCACUUUGUUCAGACACUCGUCUGUCAGUUUAAGGGAAGAACCUGUAAAAAGUUUAUGGUACAUGUUUGAAAACAGAAUAAGGUUACAGUUAGGGCCAAUAGGGGAGAACAGCCGCCCACAGUUAGUGUUGCCUGAAUGUGCACCUAGGUUGGUGGAUUGUUGGAGUAAGUGGUCAUCUGAGUUCUUUCUUAUGUUGAAACUCUGCCUAUCAAUCAUCACAUCUGCAAAGUUCAAAUUGAGCCUUUUUCAGCAACUGGGGACAGAUGCAAGCACUGGUCCUGCAAAUGACGUAUUGAACAAGCGUCCUAAUUGAGAUGCUUGCCAGUUGAACAGAACUGUCUUGCUGGAAAUUUUUAAACCUUGCUUAUACUGGAAGAUCAAGUACGUAAGCCGUUUGCAGUACCUCUGGGAGGACAAGAAGAAGGGGAGGUUGAGAUUCGAAUUUGUGUAGAAUCACGAUGAUAUUCUUGAGCACAGACCACUGACAGAUUAUGGCAUUGAACCAGACCCUCUCCACCUAACAGGGGUGCCUGCUGCAGCUUUACUCAUUUGGGAGUAAUGAAGAGAGAUGGACCUCAAUGGAAUUCCUUUCAUAGUCUUGCUGUUAUGUACAUACAGACCCAUGACCCCUCCCAAACCGAAAAUAAGGUUGCUUUGUAUCU